GAUAGCACUUCCUCGACUCACUGGUCUCUAUCUCUAGCAACUAUCCCUUUUUCCAGUCAAGCGCCAUCUACACCAACUAAACUCAGUGCCAUUUGGGGCCAUCAGACAAGAAGCAGGAUACAACGGUAUAUCCUGCAACGCGCAAACGUUUUGGUAGUUAAAAAGUACAUAUUUUCUAAUUACUUGGUGCCCCAAAAAGAGCUAAAAAAUAAACACUAGCUGUAUUAUAACACGAUAAAAAUGUUUUAAAUUUGUGCAAAUAAACAUCAUGUAGAAAUCAAUCCAAUCUAAUUUGUGGACUGUUCAAUUAAAGUGGGCUGAUACAUUUCGAAAAAAGGCAAAAGACAACCUAAAGCGAGUGAAAAAAAGGAAAAGAAAAAAAAAAGAAGAAAAAUUUGGAAAAUAUUCGACUAUACUUUUCUUCCUUUCUUGAUUUUUGUUUUUGUUGUUGUUUUAAAAAAAUCCCUAUCGAUGCUUUUCAAUACAAUACACUAUGAUGAGUUUUGUAACUUUUUAAUCAAAAACUAAAAAACGUCCUCUAUCAAAUUCAAAAAGUGCUGCAUACUUAUGGUAUUCGAAUUUCUUAUUUCUUUCGAAUAAAAAAUAUAUUCCUCGAUAUACCUACGGCGUGUGUGUAUGUUGUAUAUUUUCUAAGAGAUUUUAAUUUAUUCCUCAAAUGUCCUUUUUACCCAUUUUUCUUUUUCCUCCAGUAUCAAAAACGGAUUAAUUUUUGAAAUACCUACAAAAAUACAAAAACGGAAUAUGUGUUAUGAAACAAUGCCGUCAUUCAUUUUUUAAGUUCAAGUUGAAUGUAAAACAUUUCUUUUUGGAAUCUUCCUCGUUUCGUUCAAAGAAGAAACAAAGAAAAUAGUCGUGUAACUAAAACCGUCCCGGGAAUCCUUUUGUUAAGCAGUGAAAAAAAAGAAAAAAGAAAAAAGAAAGAAAAAACAAAUACAAAAAAAAUAAACGAAAAAAGGGAGAGAAAUUUUCUUCUUCCUUGGAAGAAAAUUAUAUCUACAUGCAUGGUUACAAGGAGCCAAAGAGAGCGAGCGAGCAAGAACAUCGGUGAUGGUAAAGAAGGAAAAACGUUUUCAAUUUUCCUUUCUUUAUAUUCUGUUUGCGUGUACUAUACCAUCACCAUCACUAUUUUAACCACUUAGGUAUUGAAAAUUCGCUUUCGGGAGGAUCUGCUUUAGGGUACCUACCACAAAUAAAAUCCUUAUAACUGGAAAACGGAACAAUAAACCUAUUUCUGUUAUACAAACAUGUACAUACAUUUUUUGAAUUCGACGACACACACAAAAUAUAUUUAAAACAAAAUUAAGUCCUUCUUCACAUCCUUUUCGCGUUAAAUAAUGUGUUAAAUGUAAUUUAAACAACGAUCCAAUUUGUGUGUUGUUAUAUGAUACAAAAAAAAGUUUAUUUAAAAACAAACAAGAAUUUAAAAAUACGAUAACAAAAACGAAGUUUGAAAGUUGAAGUUAAAAUUGAAGUUAAAUUCCAAGUUGAUUGGUGUUAUGUCAAAAUGUUCAUUUCUUAAAUCUGUUAUACCUAAAACUACCCUCAAACCAAACAAAAAAGAAAUAGCUACUUAAAUUCACUGGUGUUAUAUAAAUGAUUUUUCUAUGAAAAGAAAAGUUUUUCAAAAUUGACCAUCAGAUUACAUUUUAUCUAACUAAGUGUGAUAUGAUAAGGAUAACUAACAAAUUAAAUUUUAAAUUAAGAGAAAAUGAUUUUCGAGCUAUUAAAACCUUAAAAAUUAGUAAAAUUGUAAAAGAAAAGUAAUUCGAAAAAAAAAAUGUUGAAUUCAAGGUGAAACGAGAGUGGAUUACAAUUUUUCUCAAUUUUCCAAAUCGGAACGAAUGAGAGUGUGAAACUAAAAGUUACCGACAACUAAAAAAAAGAAACCUAUGUUUGUAUUGGAAAAAAGUUUUCUAUGUGUUUGUGUUUCGGGUAGGACAAGAUACGGAAAAAGUUCCCUGUACUAAAUUUUUCUUAUCUUGUAUAACAGUUUAGUUUUCCAAUUUUUUUUCUAGUGUUUUUCAUCAUCAUAGAGAAGUUUUUUUUCGAUUCGAAUAAAAUAGAAUUAAAAUAAUGAAAUGCGAAAAAGUGUACUAAUUAAUUUUCAAAUGAAAAAAGAAUUGUGAGUUUUGGAACCUUAUUUGCAAAAAUACAGAUAAAGCGAAUUACAAUUACAAACAAAAAAUAAAGUUAUAAAUAAACGAACACACGUUUUUGGGAUAUGUUAUUGGAUUAAUUUUCUAAAUUCUUCGAUUUUCUUUGGAUUUCUCUGUCGAUUGUGGAUACGAUAUCAAGCAGCGAUUGCGAGUGUACCAGUACCUACACAUACAUAUAUAUACGAGAGGUCCUUAUUUUUAUUCAAUUCAUUAUUUCUUGAGGGCUUGGUACAACAACAAAACACAAAUCUUAUCUCAACAAAAACGUAUAACUUUUAUGUAAAAAAUCAAACUCCGAAGAAAUGAAGAAACAUAAAGAUGAACUAACUCGAAAAUGUAUUGAAUAUUGUGCCACCUUCUAAGGCUCUAGAAAAUAGAAAAUUCUAUUAAAUCGCGUGGGAAAGUAAACAAAACAAAAAGAAAAUAAAACUAAAACAUAAAACUUUGUUUAAGAGAAAAAGAGUUGUAAUUUUUAAUUUUUGAUAAAAAACAUCGGACGAAAAAGGAAUAAAUAUUGCGAUAGAGAAAAACUGUGAAAACAGUGCUGCAAAAUACCACAAACAAAUUUAAAUGAUGAUGGGGCCAUGAGCCCAUCAUAUCCACUAAUCAAUUGGAGUCGCAAGCGCGUCUCAAGCGGGCCUGCACCAUGCUAGCACCGCCGAACCCGAGGUCAAUAUGCGGCCAGGACCCGGGCUGGUCGUGAUGGCGCUUGCGUUUAUUUCGGGGGCUCGGCGUGGCAGCACCAGCACCAGUCAACAAAAACACUCAUCGCUAACAUCUUCGUUGUCGUCAUCGUCACUGUCGUCCUCAUCGUCAUUGUCUUCUUCGUCGUCUUCGCUAUCGUCGUCGCCGAAGUCAUCCUUGUUGUUGUCCCCGACGAGCGAAUAUCAUUACUAUCAGCAAGAGCAGCAUCUGCCACCUGAGCAGCGAACUCGUUCAAAUCGUCAUCCACCCUACUCCUCCUCGUCAUUGGCAUCUUCGUCUUCGUCCUCCUCAUCAUCUUCAUCCUCAUCAUUUGCGUCAUCGUCUUCUCUUUCUUCAGAGUCAUCUUCAUCAGCCUUGUCCUCUUCGUAUUCAUUGUUUCAUUCCUUGGGAUCAUCUGGCACAUCAUCCGACGCAUCGCUGCAUCCUUCGUCUUCGUUAUCGUCCGACUAUCGAAACACGUUUACGAUUUACAAUUACGAUCGCAAUAACGACGAAAUCGAACAGAAAUAUCGCUUCGAUAAUUUCAAGUUAGACAAAGUAAGUUACGUUAACGUCGAGGAUUACGGUGAGAAUACUGAAGAAAUUGGUGUAAUCGGCGGACGUAGUGGUGGUGGAAGUGGUGGUAGUAGUAGUUGGAGUGACGACGCAACCGAGUACGACGAUCGGGAACAGGAUAGUGAGUUCUUCCCCGGAAGCGUACCUAGUCAUAGUCACAUAUUCGAAAGCACCAGUUCUUUGUCACGUGUAAAUCCUUGGUUAUCAGCUUGCGAUCUGGCGCAACCAAGUUCAGCUCCGGAUCUUCAGGGUCAGUGCACGGCUGGCUCGCUGCCCGUGGCAUGGGUAGAUGAAGGUCCUGGCCCGCCAACGUGUCCAAUGUCUUGCGAACAAUUAAGCUUAGAAAAUAAAAAUAAUUAUAAUAGUAAUACUAAUACUAACUCUUAUAACAUUAAUAUUAAUUAUAACAAAUUACAUAAUUAUGAUAAUAAUUAUUUAAUAAAUUUGAAUAAUAACAAUAAUUUUAAUCCAGUUCAUAAUAUUAUGUCGAAAGUGCGAAGAGAAAUUGAUGGAACAUCAACAGCGGCAGUGAGGCCUGUGAAGAUAGCAACGAUAACACAAAAUAAUGGUGCGGCUUCUGCCAAAAGGACAUCCUCUUCUUCACAAUUAACGACGAUAAAACCGCCUGGAGUAGUAGAACGAACAACUGCUACCGUAUCAACAGCCUCAAUAAAUGCAAAUAAAAUGGUAGCUGACAAAACUGUGGAAACAAGAUAUAAACACCAUCAGCAGCAGCAGCAUCAACAUCAGCAUAAGGAUCACAAUAACGAUCCAAAUCAAGACAUUAUGCAAAAUGAUGCACACGCAAAUGCAAAUCCAAAUCCAAAUGCAAACGCAAAUGCAAACGCAAACGCACAGUCCUCGUCAACGUCGACGCAAGAUCAUCAUUAUAACUAUAAUAAUUUAGAUAAUUAUAAUAAUAUUGUUAAAAAUAAUUUAAAUAAUAGAAAAAAUGUUAAUAAUUAUAAUAAUAUAAAUAAUAUAAACGAUAACAGCAACCAAUUCAACCAAAACCAACAACAACAACAGUGCCUUGAUUAUUUGGGCGAUAAUGAUGACUCUAGUCCUACACAAUUAUGUAAAAAUUCUCGAAGUGAUUUAGAUAAAAAAUUACGCCAUCUACGUUUGAAGCAUUGUUGUGAGCGUACCGUCUUAAGUGCCCUGCAUACGAUUGCCCUAAAUGUAACACUGGGCGGUGGCCCUCAAUGUGUUCGAAUUUUAACCGAUAUUUUGGAUUUGGACUCAUUAGCCACUCGUAUCACAUGCGAGCUAGCUGAAAUUUUAUUUCGCUACGAUUGUCGGCAAAUAUAUUCACUGAUACAUCAAUGCAAGGACUGUAAGGAGGCUUAUCGUCGCUGGGUAUGCAGUACACUAAUACCAUACUUUGCGGAACAUAAUUCAGUCUCCAGCAAAGACUCAGCAACCACAAAAACAACAACAAAAACAACAUCGAAAUCAACAAACAACAAUACAAACAAUAAAAAGCAGCAUCAAGAAAAUAAGGAAAAAGAACAGGAGCAGCAACAGGAACAGGAGCAGGAACAGGAACAACAAGAAGAGCAACAACAUCCCGAAGAUCAGGCUCGAUAUGGUUUAAACGAUAAUGAUAACGAUGAGAAUUUCAAUAGAGACAGAUUUCAGCAGGAUAGUCUUAGUAUAUAUGACGAUGAUGAAUUUGAAUCAAUUGAGUCUCCACAUAUAUCAAAAUUGUCAUCAUCGACGUUGUCAAGGAAAUCAUUGACACCAUCAGGACAACAGCAUCAACAAUAUCAACAACUAAAACAACAACAACAUUCACAACAUCUGAUUACAAAAAGAGCUGACAAAAUUAAUACAAAUUGCAAACAAACGAAAUCGAAUACAAAAAUGACGAGCACAAUUGACGAGCAAAAAAGGAGCAGCUCUCGUCAAAGAGAAGAUUCCAUAUCGACUGCCAAUAACAAGGAUCCAUGCGUAGAGGGUCCAGUGAUAUCAAGGCUUUUAACAAGAACGAAAAGAAAAAUAGAAUUUCGAAAACGAAGAAGAAUACGACCAUGUCGUAGUGUGUGUGAGACGGUAGAACAAAAAUGUCCAUAUUUGCUUCCGGGUGAUCGUGCACCAGCCUAUCCGACACAGUAUGCAGGAGAACCGACAUUUCUUUGUUUGGAUCAAAAUAUUCCUGAAACGGGUGAACAAUUAUUUAAAUCUAAUCAUGGCCCACCAGAAUGCUGUUACCGUUACUGUGAUCCGCCUACGCAUGGCAUCUGUAUAUACUGUGAUGACUUCGAUGAUGGCUCGGGGAGAAGAAAUUCAAAUACAACAGCUGCUGCCAAUAACAACCUGCGAGAUACCAAUGCGACCUUAAAAGAACGACUUGCGCCAUUUUCGUCAGCAACAUCGCCAGGCGAUCAAAAUUCUUCUGGUGGUUCUUCGAGUUCGAGUUCAAGUUCGAGUUCUUCAAACGCAACAAACACAACAACAACAGUAACAAAAACUAGAAGUAAUGCAACUUCAGUAGCUAGUAUCGCUGAUCUGGAAAAGCUGCCGUAUUAUGCUUACUCGGGCCUUGUAUACUAUUAUGAUGACAUCAUUGACCUGCCGAGUGUUCCGGUUGUGGAAUGUCAACCGGUUGCAUCAACAACUAGUCGCUGUACGAUACCAUAUUAUGCGUCAUCGGCGGCGACUAGUUACGAAAAAGGCAGCUUAAGAUCACAGCGAUUCGUUUUACUAUGGUCAUCAAUUAUUUGUUUUUUAGUUCAGAACAAUAUCCUAGUAACUGUACAUAUUCCAAAUGAUAGUAACUAUCGUUUUUAUUAUUACUGUUGCUAUAAUUUAAAUGACUGGUGGAGACGGUUAAUUGGGCUUAUAAUGAUAAUUAUAAGUUUAUAGUUGUAAAAUAAUAAAUUAGGAAAUAAAUUAUAAAUGAAACAGAAACAAAAACAGAAAAUUAAAAGAAGACAAAUGGUAAAGGAAAUGUACAGGAAGAUGAUUCUGAAAAGAUAAACCUUAAACUUACUUAAAAUUGAUUAAUUUUUUAGUUUUCUAAUUAAGUUUCUUUUAAAAUAUAUAGAUUUUCUAUUAGUGAUUUUUCAUUUUUAUUAACAAAAUAUGUUGUUUUUAAGUAUUUUAAUCAUUAAUUUACUGUUUUUUUAUUAUUAUAUGAUCCUUAAUUUUUGUAACGUCUCUUAAGAACCUGUAAAAAUUAAAUUGCUCUACAUUUAAAUUUUAAGAAACGGAUAACUUCUAAACACUUCACUCACAGAAGAUAUUGUUUAACUCAAAAGAAAGGCGUACCUAUUGACACUUCAAAAAAAACAUAAACGAUGAAACAAUAUGCUAAAUUUGUUCGGUGAGAAGUUUCACAUUAAUUGUCAAUUGGCAAAAUUUAUUGAUUUGUUUUGUUAGCUGUUGUAUUUCCUAAUUGCCAAAUAUACUGCCAUUUAAAACAGUAUUUCCAAUAUCGUCAAGAAAAUUGGAGAAUCCAAAUAUUUAACAAGAAAUAAGUCCUACUAAAAUCCUAAGUUCAAAUUAUCCUGAUAAAUGUUUACUGAUUUUAAUUCACUAAAUUGUAAACGUUUUAUUUAUAUUUACUGAUAAGUAAUAGCAUUUUACAGUUCACAAGAUAAACAGUUCAAUCAAUACAGUCGUCUUAAAUUUUAGUUUAUCGUUUAUGUAGACUUAAAAUGCUUUGUUUUGAACUACAUUAUUUUCUCUGUGAUUGAAAUUGAUAAGACUCAAUUAGAAGUACUUUUGACAAAUGUAAGAAUCUGAAAUCUUAAUGAAAGAAGUUCUGCUGUCAAACCUUUUAAUUUCUUUGCAUUUGACAUUUUGAAUUUUAAGUUAUUAAUUAUAAUUGUCCUUCUUCAAUAUUUUCAAAUAACAUAAUUUCAAAAUUCUUCCUUCUGCCACAACUUGAGGUGACUGGUUUGUAGAAUAUCUGUCAUAGCAUAGCUAAAUAAACUUUAUACUGCCAACAACUUAGUUUUAAAGUAAAAGUAAAAAUUAAAAAAUCACAACAAACAGUAUGUAACCUUAAAAAAAAAAUAUUAAAACCGUAAUAAACAAAAAUAACUUCUUUAAAAGUUUAAAUAUUACAAAUUAAUGUUAAUACAAAAAUGCAAUUCUCUCAAAAUAUAAAACAAAACAAACGAAAAUACCUUUUAUCCUUUUAUUUUAAAAGCAAGUUUUUGUACAUUUAUUUUUAAUUGAAUAUAAAUAAAAAGAAAAACACAUUGAAAAUUUAAAAUAGUCAUAUCAGCACAAAUAUUUAUAAAUUUAUGUUAUAAAACAACCCAAAAACCCAAGACUAUUUUUAAGCCCUUGAAAACAAACUGUUACGCUGCUGGCAGCCUUUUUGUUUUCUUGAGUGAAAAAUAUUAUUUUUUCUAAGUUUUUGUCAGUAAUAUUUUUCAAUUGGUUAUUUAAUUUUAUAGAUGAUUUUAAUUUAUUUAAUUGUAUUCCUUAUACAAAAUUAACAGGACAGAUCUUUUCACAAAAACCAAAACAAUUUUAAUUUUUAAUUUGUACAGAAACUAAUUAAAUAUAUUUAAGAACGAAAUAUAAAUAAUAUAAUAAUAGCAUAAUAAUAAUAAGCAACUAUCUCCAAAAAAGAAACACUAAAAACAAAAAAUUGAGAUACAAAAAUUUCGUUCGUUCAACGGGAGAAUUGAAAUUUUAAUUAAUUUUUAAGUAGCACAUUAAAAUGAAUUAUAUAUUAAGGUAAUUUUUUUAGGAAAAAAAUCAAAUAUAUAUUAAUAUUCAUCAAACUUAAUUUUAAAAAUAUAAAUAAAUGAAAAUAAUUAAUCUAAUAAAAGUUACGUUAACAUAAUAAAAACAUAACAGAAUACAUAUUAAUAUUUUUUAGAAUUAUUAAUAAUUAAGUCAAAAAAUUAAGACGGGCGAAGAUGGAAAUUUAAAAUGAAAAGAAAACAAAAACAAUUUUAAGAUAUUAUUCUUGAACAAAAAGAAGUAUAAACAAAAAUAAAAGGAAAUAGCCGGACAUAAUUAUUUAAGUUUCUAUAUUGUUGUUUUAAACAACACUUUACUAUCUUUUUUUGUUUCAUUUAGAUAAAUACUAAAAAAUAACUAAUAAGAAAAAAAAGAAAAAAAAUCGUUAUAAAUUGCAAAGAUGGAAGUAUUUUUAAUAUUUAUAAAUGUAAGACAUUGUAGAUAUAUUAAAAAAAAAGAAAGUAAUGCAAAAACAUAACAAAUAGCUGACAAAUAAAUUCGAUGACAGAUUCAAUUUAAAACAAAACAAACAUGUGAAGAAAAUUAAGUAAACUAAUGAUUAUCUAUUAAAACAACAGAUUUAUGAAUUUCAUCGCAACAAUAUAAGAAAAGAAAAAGAAAAUAAUGGUGUCAUGUUUUUUUGUUUUUUUUUUCUUCUUUUAGCUUUUACACUUUGUUAUAAACAUUUUCAUAUAUUUUAAAUUAUUUUUGAGUUUUGAUUUUAGAAAAAUAAUAUUGCGUAAACACUAUAAUGGUAUCAAAUUUUCUCCAAUAUUUUACGAUGAGUAAAGCACGCAUUUCCUCACGACUUAUUUAUACUCACUUUGAUUUUGUAUUAAUUUUGCUUUACUAUAUCUCAAUGGUUUCGUCCUUAUAGUCCCUUAAGUGGGAUAUCAACAAAAUAAAAAUCUAGCAAACACGUUUAUGCAAUCAGUUUAAUCCUUUUCCAUAUUCAUUAAUCUUGGAAGCAUAAGAUCAUUAUGAUUGUCAUAAUUUGUAUUUCGUUCUGCUGUUUCAUUAACAUAAACUUUUAUAACUAUAAGUACAAAAAUUAGGCUUCAGUUUGAUUGUAUUCAAGAAAUCUCCUUGCUUAAAAAAAUUAAAAGAGUUGAAAACGAACGUCAAAAGUGUUCUUGUUUAAAUUCACAACUUAAGUUCUUCUUUGGAAAUGUUAUUAAAUUCGUCUGCUAAGUUUUUGAAACACAGAUUGCACUUGAUCUUGAUCAGACUGGCACUUAAAUUAUGCCAAUAUUUUCAAAAAUUUAAUUAAAAACUAAUUAACUAUCCUUGAAAACCACUGAGUAUUUAUUUAAUUUAUUUCCUUUUGUUUAAUUUUCACUUAUUAUUUAUUUUGUACAUGCCAUCUUGCAUAAAACUUUUAUUACUUGGCCUUAAACGCAAUAAUAUUGAUCAACAUUUUUAAAGUAGAAUAAAAAAAUCGUAGCGAAAAAAACAGUUAUUUUGUAAAUUAGCGUUAAAAAUAAAAGUGUAAAAUAUAACGAUUAGUCGAUAAAAAUUAUUAAAAUAGUUAACAUGAAUAGUUGCCUAUAUAAAGUACAUAUUUAAGGUACAUAUUUUACCUAUGAUUUAAUUCGACAAAAAGAUUUAAUUAAUUAUUUUAUACUUUAUUAUCAUAACUAUACAUUUUAAACAACAGCAUUUCUAUUUUCAGUUUAAUUUAUUUUGUUUUUAAAAUUAUUUUUAAGUAAAAAAUAAUCGUGCAACCUAAAGUAAUUGAUCUUAUGCAAAUAAUAUUAAGUUGAUAAAUUAAAAACAAAAAUAAUGAUUUCUUAGUGUUUGAUUAAAUCAGAUCAUACGUUUGUCUGAUUCAUCAAAUGUAUAUAAUAUCAUAUUACAUAAUUGUAAUAACAACAAAUAUAUUUAAACAAAAAAAACUAUAAAACCACCAAAUAAUAUAACAAAAAAUAUACUACAAAAUAUGUAAGGGUUUAUUUAUUAUAUAGAAUUGUUGUUGAUUGUAUUAUGUAAUUGUAACGGAUAAUAAAUAAAAACAAAAUUAUUAAAAAAAAAAGUGUUUUCAUAAUUUUUUACUGACAUAUUUCUUUUUUUUUGAAAAAAAAAGAAGAAGAAUAUACAAAUUUAUUAUUUCUUUUAUACAAAAAAAUAAAAUAAAUAAAUUUUAAAGUAACAAAAAAGUGGAAAAUCAAUGUUAUUUUAUACGUAUUUACAUACAUGUAGGCUAUUAAAUGUGUAGACUGGGGAUUAUAAUUUUUAAAUGUUAAAUAUAAAAUUAAAUUUUAUUGAUUAUGUUUUAUGUUCAAGAAAAUUUACGUGUAUCUCAACAAACAAACAAAAAUUAAUAUAGUAUAUCACAUGUGACGUGAAGAAUAUGUACUGUACAUAAAUAUAUAGAGGUAUAUUUAGAAAUCAAAGUUUAAGUAACGAAAUACUAUAACAGAGUUGUGUUUUUCUGGUACACAUUUCUAACUCAUUUUUUAUUGCAAAUAUGUUUUAUUUACCAUAACUGACAUAAUGGAAACAGUGAGUAUGGGAAAUGGGUAUGUAAAAACUCGGCUUUUACUGUCAUUUAUGUUUCAAAACUUAAAUUUCUCCUCAUAUAUUAUUAAAACUGGAAAACACCAAUGCAUACAAGAAAAUUGUCUCUCUUAAAGUUUAAAUUUAAGUAUAAAUAAACAAGCGAAUGAAUCUAACGAAAUUUCCAUGCACAAAUUUUUAUACCCUAAGUAAAAAUAUAUAUAAACUAACAAAAAAACAAAAUUAAAAAACUAAAUAAAACAAAAUCAUUUAUAGAAAAUUCAAAACAACAAUAAAAAGAGGUGUCCUUUUCAUAAAAACGUCUGUUGUUUUAAUAAAAAAUCAUUUAUUUGUUUAACAUUCAGCCGCGGAAGAGUUAAUUAUAAUGAUUAAAAGAAGUCAGCGUAUAACGCACAUAGGUAUUCUAUUAUUUUACAAAAAAAAAAAACAUAACAUUAAAAAAGUUUUAAUAUAAAGUGUUAAACGUAUAUUUAUAAUAAAUGAAAAUCUUUGUAACAAACAAAGACUUGUUAGUAAUUUUAAUAUAGAUCAUGAAUGCUAGAUUUUAAAGGCAACACCAUCAACCUUGGACGCCAUGAAUAACAAAUUAAAUACAAAAAUACAAAAAAAAUAAUAAACAAUAUAAAUCAAAAACAUACAAAUUAUUCGAAGUGUAUAUACAAACAAAAAAACUUCCCUAGACAUUGAAAAUAAAUUUAAAAAAUAAAAUAGUCUUAGACCAUCUGUGUAGGUAAAACUUCAAAUAUCGUGUACUAUUGACUAAAAACUUCAAAUAAUAGUUUAUUUAAAAAAAAAAAACAUAUUGUACCUUUAGAUAAAUAUUAUAAACAACUUCAAAAAAAAAUAAAAUCAAUAAAAAAAAACUGUCAAUAGCAAAACAAAAAUUAAUAUAUAAACAUUUGGCAAGCUAACUUGUAAAAUAUAAUAUACUUAUAAAAAAACUUCGCACUAAAACAAAAUAUUUAUUAAAAGAAAAUAACACACAUUUAAGUUUUAUAAAGUUUUUUAUUUACUUAUUAUGUUUCUCUUAAAUACUCCAUAGAAGUUCUUAUUUAAAAAAAAAAAAAAGAAAAACAACAAAAGACCCACCCUCCUUCUCUUAGUGCACACGUUACAUAUUUUACACUCGAAUUCUGAACAAAUGACACACUUUUAAUUCUUUUUUAUUACAAAACAACAACAACAAAAGUGGUCUAGAAGAUUGAUAUAUUAUGAGUAAAUGAUAAACUGCCCAAUAUGUUUAAAAAAAAAAUAUUGUAAUAAAGAGUAAUUUUUUAAUUUUAAAAAUAAAAAUAUAAAUUUUUAUACAAAACAAUGAAAAAAAAUUAUUAAAAACAAAAAAAUCAACAAAAAAAUGACAAGGAAAUUUUGUAAAAUUGAAAAUAUAUGUUACAAAAAUGUUUUUCUUAUAACAAAAAUAAAUUUUAAAGCAUCAAAAUACACAUUAACAAACUGAAUUAAUUUAAUAGAGACAACAAUUCAAUACCGUCAGAUAUAAAUUUAAAUAAAAAACAAAAUUAUCAACAAAAUAAUAGCAAAAGUGUGCCUGUGUUAUUGUGUGGAUGCUAUUUCUUAAAAAACAAAAUAAAUUUAAAAAAAAAACAGCCGAUAAAUCGUCUUUAUUUUUUGAGUAAAGUGUGAUUGUGUGAUGGGUACUUUUGACAAAAAUAAAAUUAACAAAAUAA